AUGAAUCGAGAUGAUGUCGGAUUUGCGGUGCCGAUGCUACCCGUCAAUUAUGCAGCGGCGACGACGUCUUCUGUAGCAGGAACCACAAAUCCGUUUUGUGACGAUACGCAGGGAAAUAUCGCUGCGUAUCGACUCGAUACUAUCGAGAACAAGGGAUUCUACGAAUUCAAACAGAGAGCACUUGCACUCCAUCUGAGCAGGAGGCAUAGAAUCCAAUUCUCGAGGUUCCGAUUGUUUGAACUGACUAGAACAGACUAG